AUGGCAUCCGAUUUUAGAAAUCCAUUUGGAUAUCAGCCAUGGCGAGAAAAGCGCACAUUCCAGGCUAUGUUUGACAUUCUCGAAGCCGACAUUGUGAUUAUGCAGGAGACCAAAAUUCAGCGCAAGGAUUUGCAAGAUGACAUGGUUCUUGUGCCGGGCUGGGACGUAUACUUCAGUCUACCACAGCAUAAAAAGGGCUACUCGGGAGUUGCCAUCUACACCAAGAAUGCGACGUGCGCGCCCAUUCUCGCGGAGGAAGGCGUCCUAGGGAUACUUUGCCCACCGAAAAGCAACACGCCAUAUCGAGAACUACCAGAAGACAAGCAAAUUGGUGGAUACCCGACGUUGGCCCAGCUAAACGGAAAUGUGGAUGAAGCAUUGCUCGAUUCGGAAGGACGAUGCCUAAUUCUAGAGUUUCCAGCAUUCGUACUGUUUGGGGUCUACAGCCCAGCCAACCGCGAUGAGUCGCGGGUCGAAUUCAGACAAAGCUUCGUGGAGGCUCUAGAGGCUCGGAUACGAAACCUGAUUGCCGCAGGCAAACAAGUGAUUCUCACUGGGGACUUCAACAUUAUCCGCAGCGAAAUGGACAGCUCAAAUGUUGCUGAAGGCCUCAGAAAAGAGGGAAUGACAAUAGACGAAUGGCAGUCGAUGCCGACGCGACGGAUACUCAACCAACUCUUGUUUGAUGGGACCGUCAUUGGCCCCCGAGACAAGGCCCGUGAAGAUGCUGUUUUAUGGGACAUAUGCCGGUGCUUUCACCCUACACGGAUAGGCAUGCACACGUGCUGGGAUACGAAGAGAAACACGCGACCAGCCAACCUGGGCAGCCGAAUCGAUUACAUCUUGUGUAGCGAUGGGAUCAAAGAUUGGUUCGUGGACUCGAACAUCCAGGAAGGACUGAUGGGAUCAGAUCACUGCCCGGUAUAUGCGACGAUGAGCGAUACAGUUCUCAAGGACGGCAGGGAGACUGCUCUUGCGGAAGUUGUGAAUCCCACCAACAUGUUUCGGGGCGGGCAGCGGAUCCGGAAUUGGGAACAACGGGACGCGCUGGCCCUUUCUGCCAAGCUCAUCCCGGAAUUUGACCGGCGGCGCAACAUAAGAGACAUGUUUACAAACAAGGCGGCGCAUGCUUCGUUCGAUAGAGGGAAGAAUGGUGGGCAAUUGCUGCAAAUGGAAGCCGCGGAUAGGUCUGCCCACAAAACCACAAGCACGGGCACGACUGCAAGCGGCGCGAGUGACGCAGAAGAGACAAAUGUCGAGGAGCGGGAACGGGUGAGCCAAAACAAGAGACAUGCUGGGCCAGUUCAGGUGGGCAUCCCAGCAAACAAGAAGAGCAAAGGCUCUAGCGACGCCAAGACAAAAGUUGCUGGCGGGCAAACAACACUGCAAGGAUUCUUCAAGCCCAGAUCUACCAGUACUAGAGCAUCAGCUGGCGGGCAGUGUGGCCCUCUUGCAGGCCCCUGCCAAGUGCCUGGGCUGGCGCAGACACCACCACUGACAGCCAACGCGGUGUCUCUGCAGACACCAACGUCAUCACAAACGGUGAAUGUCAAGCCAGUGGAGCAAAAUUCUCCCGGCAAGGUGUUCGACCCGAUUGAAGCCAAAGAGUCGUGGUCAAAGCUACUUGGAAGACGAGUAGUUCCAAAGUGCGAGCACGACGAACCAUGUAUCAGCUUGGUGACAAAAAAGCCUGGCGUCAACUGUGGACGCUCGUUUUACAUUUGUCCUCGCCCAUUGGGGCCGUCAGGAGACAAGGAACGAGACACUGAGUGGCGAUGCGGAACGUUUAUCUGGAGUAGCGACUGGAACAGCGCGGCGUCGUUGAGCGGCCCAUGA